CGGAAGUGUCAUUUCUAUACUUAGGGUGGAAGAGGCCCUGCUUCCUCAAAGGGCAGUGCUGUUGAGUGGCCCGGCACCCUGUUGGGGGGGGCUCAUCCCAAGGAACUUCACGGACAACGAUCUCUUCUCAGGACUUCACCAUGCCUCUCUCCCAACACAGGGACACUCCAGGGAGCAUAUGGGACGAAGCUGCUCUCACUGAAAAUUCCAGCUGGGGACCUUAAGCCCGAAGCUGGACAGCCAAACUGAAGAGUGCUGAAGACAGAUCCAAUUAAAAAAGAAAAAAAAGACAAAGAAACUGGCUCACCAAAGAAGUGACUUGCACCUGAAGAGGCCGCGACGACGUUGUGGGAGGAAAAGGUCUCCCCGAGCGAGGGCCGCCCCCCACCCGCAAUCUCUCGUUUGCAUGAAAUGGGCGUGGCAAAGCUGUGAUUGGGUAACGGUCCCCAGACGGAGAGCCGGCCCGGCCUGGCUCGUCUCUGCUCUUCUGUGUCCGGAGGUGCUGGGGAUGUGGGCCGCCCAGGUGCUCUGGGGAAGCCUCGGCCUCCUGCGCAUUGCCUGGUGCCUUCUGCCGCAGACCGGUUAUCUGCAUCCCGAUGAGUUCUUUCAGUCCCCCGAGGUCAUGGCAGAAGAUGUCCUGGGCCUGGAGGUCUACCGCCCCUGGGAAUUCCUCCCCAGCUCACCCUGCCGGACAGUCCUCUUCCCACUGCUGACCACUGGCUCUGUGUUCUGGUUGAUGGAGUUAUUGGACAGGCUGGACCUCUGGCCAGGUGCCAUCAGCAGCUACACUCUCCUGGUGGGGCCCCGCCUGGUCUUCACAGCCCUCUCCUUUGCUCUGGACUGGGGCAUCUACCGGGUGGCCCCACUCUGGGGAGCUGAUCCCUGGAACGCCCUGCUCCUGCUGGCCGGUUCCUAUGUCACCCUGGUCUUCUACACGAGGACCCUGGCCAAUGCCUUGGAGGGGCUUCUGUUCAUGUGGCUGUUGGUGCUGGUCUCUCCGGGCACCCACGGGAAGCUGAGUCCGUGGCGUGGGGGACACAGCUGGCUCCUGGGCGCCGUGGUGGCCGCAGGGUUCUUCAACCGGCCCACGUUCCUGGGGUUCGCCCUCCUGCCGCUGCUCUUCUGGUCCAGCGGCUGCACCACGGUGGUGCCUCUCAGCAUGAGGGCCCUGGUCCAGAGAAUGCUGGAGCUGCUCCCCGGGGCCAUGCUAGUGGCUUCCCUGUUCGUGGCUGCCGAUACGUGGUACUACUCCUCGCGACUGGGGCUGGGCCCCCGCCUCAUCCUGACUCCCGCCCACUUCCUCAGCUACAACCUGGACCCCCAGAACCUGGCCCAGCACGGCACGCACCCCCGCCUCACUCACUUGGCCGUCAACGGGGUCCUGCUCUUCGGGGUCCUGCACGCCGCAGCAGUGAUGGGCGCGUGGAAAGUGCUGAAGGAAAGCCUGGCCUCCGUGGCUCAGCGCCAGGCUCCCUGGACCCGUCCGGCCAGGAAGACGGUCCUCCUUCUCUUCUACUUCUUUCCCCUGGCUCUGCUCUCCCUCUUCAGCCAUCAGGAGCCUCGGUUCUUGGUCCCCCUCCUAGGACCCCUGACCCUGUUCAGCAGCCAGAAGGGCCAGGGGGUGGCCCCGUGGAGAAUCGCCUCGGUCACUCUCUUCAACGUCCUCGGGGCCCUGUUCUUUGGCUGCCUUCAUCAGGGUGGCCUGGUCCCUUGCCUGUCCCGUCUAGAGAACAGCAUCCACGCCCCGGCUCCCGAAGGGCAGCCCUCCCACUACACCCUGCUCUUCACCCACACCUACAUGCCGCCGCGCUACCUCCUCCGCCUGCGAGGGCCAGAGCCGCCCGUGGAGGUCAUUGACCUGGGCGGGGCCGAGAGCCGGGCCCUUUGCCAGACCCUCGACCAGCUCGCCAGCCAUCCCGUCUGCAACACCGCUGGGGGCGAUCGGCUCUGCCGGAUCUUUGUUGUGACCCCUGGGACAGCCAGGGAGGCUGCGGCCGCCUGCCCCUUCUCCCUGAGGAACGAGACCCGGGUGUUUCCCCACUUGACUCUGGAGGACCCGCCUGGGCUCUCUGCCCUGCUGAGCAGACGCUGGAGGGACUCCCUUGGCCUCUACAUCCUGGAAGUGGGCGAGCGGAGGAGACAAUGAACCUCCCGAAAAGGGGGCAGGGCCCCGCCCACAUCUUGCGCCCCCCGCCCUCCGCGAAGUUCCUUUGUUUAAUAAGACCGGACAAGUUCCUGGGGACUGGCAGGCAGACUUACCGGCACCCACGACCUGGAUGACCAAAGCAGGCGUCCGUCCCAGUCAUAGGCCAAACCAAGCCAAAGAUGACUCUGCUGGCCAAGCUUUGCCCCCUGGCCACGGGCCGCACCCCCGAGACCUCUCCCGGUGGGGUUCCAUUCUGGGUGCCACUGUCAGGAGAGACAUGGACCACUUGAAGCUUGCCCUGAGGAGGGUGCCCGGGGCGGUGAGGGGAUGCGAGAUUAAACUGAAGAAGCUUAGAAUGUUGAGCCUGAACAAAUAUCUGGGAGGUGAGGCAGUGCCAGGGUAAGGAGGGUAAGGGAGAGAGAGUGGGGCCGGGGACUGAGAGGUCAUGAUUACUGCAUGUAUUUAAAGGGCUUUCUUCAUUUGGGGAAAGGAGUGGCUCGGCGGGAAGAACAGACACCAAACAGUGGAAAUUUCAUGGAGGGAGAUUUCACCUCAACAGAAUCCCCGGAUGGAAGAGGGGAAGGGGGGCCCCUGUCCAACUAGUCCUCCUGUUGCAUAUGAGGAAUCUGAUGCCAAAGGGGCGAAGUGAAUUGCCCAAUAAGACCUUUCUCUUAAUUAGAGGGUAGUGCCUAGUACAUAGUAAGUGCUUAAUAAAUGCUUUGUCUGUGCUAUCUACAUCCAUCCAUUCGUGUCUGUCCAUCUAUAUCCAUCCAUCCAUCUACCUGUCUAGAUGUGCAAAAACGGGACGGGCAGCUUUGUGAGGCAUUCAGCUUCCUGCCCCUGAUGGUGAAUUACAACCAACAGACUCAAGAGUCACUGACCUCUGGGGUCACCUAGUCCCCUUGACAACACCUUCAACCUUUUCUUGAACACCUCCAUGACGGGGCCUUCACUGCUUCACAUGGAAGCUCAUUCUGUUGGACACCCUCACUGCUGGGAAGUCCUUUCUUAUAUAGAGCUGAGACCUGCCUUCCUAUAA